CCCGUUGGUCCCCACCAGAGGAGUGUGAGGUGAGGGCGCUGCGCUGGACUGGACCGGGAGAUUCCAUCGCCGUCGUGGCGUCGUGCGGCUGCACAAACAAAGAUGCAGGCGCAGAAAGAGGGCGCACUCCGAGGAGAGGACGCCUGUGAUUGCACUACACAACGUGCCUCUCGCUCGCUCCCCACGUCGCUGUGAGUGAGAUCGAUCAGACGGAACCACCAGGGCAGGAGCAAGCUGCUCAUCUCCACUCCAUCCACUGUUUUAUUGGCGGGCGCACUGCUUCUGCGACCAGAGAACGGCCUCGCUCGUCGUCGUGCCACUGUGCCAGUGAGGUGGGUCUGCUCGUUCAUGGCUUCUGUUGCCGUAAAGCUGUUCCUUUUUUUUUCUUCUUCCAUAUCCUCCUCUGGUUGUGUUCUUCCUUCCAUUCUCUCUUGUGGAGAAGGGGGGAGGGGAGGGAGGCAGCAGCACGCUAGGUCUCGUUCUCGUUUGUCAAGUUGCGGCUGCGGGCAGGAUGGAUGGAUGGAUGUGGCCAUGUGGGUGCUGCCGUGUUGGGUUCGGUUGGGUUGGUGAAAAUAGAUGUGUGCAGUACUGUGUUUCUUACUGCUACCACUUUCUUUCUCGCCAUUGGGGACGCACAGGCGCGGGAGCGUGAUGGCGAUGUGUCUCUCUAUCCCUUUCCGCAAUGGGGACGUUUCGUCCGUAGGCUCUGCCUCCCCGGCUCGCCUUGCGUGGUGCGAGGCGGAGUAGCUAGUGGCUUCCGUUGUGGCAGCCAUGCGCCCAAAAAGAUCGCCAAUUGCGUGCUCGAUUCCUUGGAGUACUUGGCUGAAAAUAUUAUUAGCGUUUUCUUCUUCUUGGUGCCCAGGCUCUUACGCUCGUGGCCUGGCUUCCUUCGCUGCGCUGUGCUGCGGCGCCCAGUUGCGGCUGCGCCUUUCGCUUGUGCUGUUGCGUCCCCCGAUUGGCAUGCCAAGAAGUCCGUGAAUCACUGAGCUGCCUGGUGCUGCUUGUCCGGGCAUGGAGCAGGCGCCGCAGACCCACGGCGGCGGCGGCUUGCUGGCCUGCGGCGUCAUGGAGGACGUCGCGGUCGGCGACCUGGAUCUCAUGGAGGAGCUGUUUAUGGCGGCGCCGGGCUUCGAUUUCUCCGACUUCUCCCAGCCCGGGGCCGGCGGCGAGUCCCCGGGGGUCUGCUUCUCGCCGCUGUUCGACAUCUGCAGCACAACCACCACGGCAACUCCCCCGCCGCCGCCGCCGUCAGGCGACGACAACAGGGACCAGCCCACCCCGCCGCGCCGCGGCUGGGUGUUCCAGCCCCGGCUGGAGGUCGAUGCCACGGUGAAGGAGCGGCUGCGGCGCGCGCUAGAGCGCAUCGCGUCGCUGUCGCAGACGCAGCCCGGGGAGCUGCUGGCGCAGGUCUGGGUCCCCACCGUCAUCGGCGACCGCCAGGUGCUCACCACGUGCGGCCAGCCCUUCUGGCUCGACUGCCGGAACGAGCGCCUCGCCAACUACCGGACGGUGUCCAUGAAGUACCAGUUCUCCGCCGACGAGACCGCGCGCACCGACCUGGGGAUGCCCGGCCGCGUCUUCGUCGGCCGCGUCCCCGAGUGGACCCCCGACGUCCGCUACUUCUCCACCGAGGAGUACCCUCGCGUACACCACGCGCAGUACUUCGACAUCCGCGGCAGCGUCGCGCUCCCCAUCUUCGAGCCCCGCAGCCGGGUAUGCCUCGGCGUCGUCGAGCUCGUCAUGACCACGGAGAAAGUCAACUAUAAUGCCGAGAUCCAGAACAUCUGCAGCGCUCUCAAGGAGGUUGAUCUCAGGAGCUCUGAUGUUUCGAGUGAUUCCCGUGCAAAGGUGACUGAUACUUCAUACCGAGCAAUCAUACCAGAGAUCGUUGACGUUCUCAGAACUGUUUGUGAGACGCACAAACUGCCACUGGCCCAGACGUGGAUACCCUGCAUCUGCCAGGCAAAGAGGGGAAGCCGCCACACCGAUGAAAAACUCAAGUAUUGUGUGUCUACCCUGGACGAAGCGUGUUACGUCCGCGACCUGAAUGUAAAUGGCUUUCACGAAGCUUGCUCUGAGCAUCAUUUGUUCAGAGGUGAGGGUGUUGUUGGCAGGGCCUUUGCAACGAACGAGCCAUGUUUCUCUGAAGACAUUACCGCCUCCAGCAAGAUCCAAUACCCUCUCUCUCAUCAUGCCAAACUUUUCAGCUUAAGGGCUGCAGUGGCCAUCCGGUUACGGAGUAUCAGCACUGGAAGCCUUGACUAUGUCUUGGAAUUCUUCCUGCCAGUGGACUGCAUAGAGAUUGAAGAGCAACGAGCCAUGCUGAAUUCUUUGUCCAUUACAAUACAGCAAACAUGCUACACACUUCGAGUUGUCAGCUUGAAAGAGCUGGUGGAUGAAGGAUCAAUUGAAACAAGUGCUCUAACUCCACCAGAAUAUGACAAAUCUAUGCAUGAAAACAUAGAUGAGGUUUGUAGUGGCAUUGGUGUUCCUGCAAGGACAGCAUCACUGGAAACUUCCGAGGAGGUGUCCUCAUGGAUAGCAAGCCUUGUGUGCGCUCAAAAUAAGGGAGUGAAAGAAAUGGAUGGUGACCUGCCAUUUGGAUUCAGCAAGCAAGAGGAUGAAGGGUUUAGUGUUACAGCUGGCUGGCAUACCUCUCCAGUAAUAGAGCCUGAAGGUAGCAUCUUUUCAGGCUUCAAGCAGCAUGAAGAAUACAAGGUCAAGGAGGUAACUUGUCUCAGAGAUCCAAGCUCAUCCAACUUGGAAAAAACUGUAGAAAAGAGACGGACUAAGAUGGAGAAAACUGUUAGCCUGGAAGAACUUCGGAAGCAUUUUGCUGGCAGCCUGAAAGAAGCUGCAAAGAAUUUAGGAGUGUGCCCCACUACACUGAAGAGAAUAUGCAGGCAGCAUGGAAUUAAUCGUUGGCCAUCACGGAAGAUUAAGAAAGUUGGGCACUCCCUGAAGAAAUUGCAAAUGGUGAUCGAUUCAGUACAUGGUAGCGAAGGAACGGUUCAGCUCAGCUCGCUCUAUGAAAACUUUACCAAGACCACAUGGUCAGAAAGAGAGUUACAAGGGGAUGCCACUUAUCCAUUGUCAGAGGAAAAAGGUCCCUUGGAACCUUCUGUUCCUGAUCGGUAUUGCGAGGGCAGAUUCACCUCGCAUACUUCUGGUUCUAAUUCCCUCUCACCCUCUUGUAGCCAAAGCUCAAAUUCCAGCCAUGGUUGUUCCAGUGGUUCGAAAUCACAACAACAUGUCAGUGCUCCUCAACUUGCAGUAAAGAAAGAAGUUUUCAUGGAGGAGAAUCAGAGCUCCACACUACUCAAAGCUGCAAGCCAUGCUGAACUGCAGAUGCUUCCUGAAGAAAGACUUGUCACCCUGCCUAGGUCUCAUAGCCAAGUGCUUUUAAGUGAACAAAAGCCAGUGGAAAAUAUAACAGGUAUGCAAAUGUCUAAGCCUGAUUCUCUCAAGAUAAAAGCCAUGUACGGCGAAGAAAGAUGUAUAUUCCGACUGCAGCCUAGUUGGGGAUUUGAAAAGCUAAAAGAAGAAAUUCUAAAGCGGUUUGGCAUUGCUCGGGAGGUGUAUGUGGACCUCAAGUAUUUGGAUGAUGAAUCUGAGUGGGUUCUUCUAACAUGCAACGCAGACCUGCUUGAGUGUAUUGAUGUGUACAAGUCAUCAAGUACUCAAACAGUAAGGAUCUUGGUACAUUCUAGUGACCAGUAAGUGCCUGUUCCUUUGGUCAAACUGGUUUGUCCUGACAAUGGCGCAAAGCUCAUCAGGAUGCUGAAGAAAGCAUACAAUCUCUCUUUGAAGUAAAGUGCUUGUUGACAUCGCGCUCAGUUUCAAGUCAUAAUCAUAUAUGCAAAAGCAGCAUCUGUAAAUACCUACACUCGUGUUGUCAUCCCGUGGUCAAGUGCCUAGUAAGUUCUGUAUGUUGCUGUUUGGUGGCUGUGUGGCAGAAUUGGAGAGAAAGUGAUUGUUGGUGUUCCCUGUCAGCUCUUGGGAUUGGUUUGUAUGCAGUAAGCUGCAUACAGUCUUUGAUAUAACAGAAGAUGGGACUUCUGUACCUCUAGUUCAGUUUGUUAACAGUACAGGUAGUUCGUUGAAUGUAACAAACUAGUGUACAAUAUUGUAGGCCGGAGGGUGGAAUCAGUAGGAAUUUGUCGAUAUGAAGCUUUGGAUUAGGUUAAGUAAUCACGACCAAGUUGCAUCGCGCUUGUAAGUUCUUUUGGAUUAGGUUUUGAAAUUCAAAAACUCGCCAAAAAACCACAAGCUGUGGAAAGUGGAAUCAACAGAAGCAUGCCCAUGCCGUCAUGUGUCGUUUUAGUGGGCACAAUGAAAUGUCUUCUCACCAGUGGCAAAAGGUGUCGAGCAGAGAGCAACUGGCUGGAGCAACACUACGAGCUCAUCACCUGGUCAAAAUGAGAUUUGGUUGGUUCAAGGUCAAUGUUACUUUUUCAUGUUCUUGCUUCAACCAUGCAGAAGGGGUGGUGGUUUUAGGUAUCCUGAAUAAUUCCACAGUUAGAAAGCAGGAGAUGUCUUAGUCUCCUAGACGACAAUGCAGCAUAGAUAUUUUCUUUUGUUUCGCUCUUAUUAAUUUUUGUCCAGCAGUGUAUUUCUCUUGUGUUUUUUGAGGUAGCCUUGUGUGUAAUCUGUCCUCGGAUUCGCAGCAUGUGUGUCUGUUUCAUAACUCAUAGUCUGCAUGUAUGUUGCUACGACUGUGGCCAUCCUGUCCGAUUCCAAGAACAUUGCUGAACCUAUAUACUGCUGUAAUAAUGAGGGAUCAAUCGAGUAAAAAUGUGUACUCUGUGGCGAUUAGUUGAAUGAA